UGGGAGGCACAGGAAAGGGGUGACUCGCAGUUCCCUGUCCCCAUGGGAAGUGAUGAGCAGGUGAAGCAGACACUGGAGUGGCUGCCCUCUGCUCUCCUGGCUGUAGCAGUGUGGCUGCACUAAUACUGAAGCACUAUUCAGGGCCUCCUACUCCAGGAGAUCAUCAGUCAGGAUGCUGCUCUUCGUUUCUGUGAACAACGAUGUGUGCAAAUACGUGGCAUUGGAGCUGAAAUCUGCUUUUGAAGAGACCGGCAAGACCAAGGAGGUCAUCGACACUAAGUAUGGCUUCUUGGAUGGGAAGGGCGCUGCUGUCAAGUACACACAGUCGGACAUCCGGCUCAUUGAGGUGACAGAGAACAUUUGCAAGAGGCUGUUGGACUACAACCUGCACAAGGAAAGGAGCGGCAGCAACAGAUUUGCAAAGGGCAUGUCAGAGACAUUUGAGACCCUGCACAACCUGGUGCACAAAGGUGUCAAGGUGGUGAUGGACAUUCCCUAUGAGCUGUGGAAUGAGACCUCUGCCGAGGUGGCGGAUCUCAAGAAGCAGUGUGAUGUGCUGGUGGAGGAGUACGAAGACGUGAUUGAGGACUGGUACCGGCACCACCAGACAGAAGAUCUCUCCCAAUUCCUCUGUGCUGACCGCGUGCUGAAAGGGAAGGAUGCCAGCUGCUUAGCAGAGAAGUGGACCGGCAAGAAGGGGGACUUGGCAAGCGCGGGGGAGAAGUCGAGCAAGAAGAAGAGCGGGAAAAAGAAGAAGAAAGCCGAGAAGGAACAAAGCGAGGGUGUCGAGAGCUUCUCCCCGGAGGAGAGCGGAGUGCAGGAAACCACCCCGCUCCCCCACAGCCCCACCGACGAGCUAUAGGCAGCGGCUCGCAAGGACUGAGCGGGGAGAAAGGCUCUCCCCCGUGCCACAGCCGCGGCUUCCGGCCCACCACGGUACGGACUCAUUCCCCCACGGCGCGCAGGGCCGGGGCCGCGUCCU